GAAACAUGAUAAUGGAAUAGGUCAAUUACAGGGUCCAUGGUUAUCAGAUAGGGAAAAGGCGCAAUGAGAGAGACAAGCUAGCUGAUCAAGUGAAUCGAGCCAAAUCCAUAGUAAAUAUAUCAAUAACAAAUUUCUCCUCACAAAAUGGACUUCAUAAGUGAAGCUUCUCACAGACUUGCAGAGCUUGGACUGAUGCUGACAAGGUUACCUGUCUCUUCAGCUAUAUGCUCCUUGUUAGCUUUGCUUGCUGCUGUUUUGUGUUACUGCUAUGGACCUUAUUGGAGAGUUAGGAGAAUACCUGGUCCUCCUUCUUUCCCCUUUGUAGGUCACUUGCCGUUGCUUGCUAAGUAUGGUCCUGAUGUGUUCUCGGUUCUUGCCAAACGUUAUGGCCCCAUUUUCAGGUUUCACAUGGGAAGACAACCACUUAUAAUUAUAGCAGAUGCAGAGCUUUGUAGAGAAGUUGGAAUUAAAAAAUUCAAGGACAUCCCAAACAGAAGCAUUCCAUCUCCCAUUGCAUCCUCUCCCCUUCAUCAAAAAGGUCUAUUUUUCACCAGGGAUACCAGAUGGUCAACCAUGAGGAACACGAUACUUUCUGUUUACCAGCCAUCGCACCUAGCAAAACUAGUUCCAGUAAUGCAAGACUACAUCGUUUCUGCUACUCAAAUUCUCCCCUCUAAAGAAGAAGAUAUAAUUUUUUCUGACCUUUCACUUAAGUUGGCCACUGAUGUAAUUGGACAGGCUGCUUUUGGUGUCGAUUUUGGUUUGUCUAAGCCGCAAUGCACUGCUUCAGUCAAAAAUUCGACAAGCAAUGACAACGAUAAGGGAGUUGAGGACUUCAUUAAGCAGCAUAUUUACUCCACAACUACUCUAAAGAUGGACUUAUCAGCUUCCUUUUCGAUCAUUCUUGGUCUCCUACUUCCAAUACUUCAAGAACCAUUUCGGCAGAUUCUUAAGAGAAUACCUGGGACUCUAGACAGGAAAGUAGAUAGGACUAACCAGAACUUAAGUAGUCGGCUUAAUGAGAUUGUCAUGAAGAAAAUGGCACAAAAGGAUAAUGGUUCAAAAGAUUUCUUGUCACUUAUAUUAAAAGCAAGGGAGUCCGGGACGGUGUCUAAGUUCUUCACUCCUGAUUACAUAAGUGCUGUGACAUACGAGCAUCUUCUUGCUGGGUCAGCUACUACAUCGUUUACGCUAUCCACAAUCAUUUACCUAGUUGCUGCGCAUCCAGCAGUUGAGAAGAAGUUGCUUGAAGAGAUUGACGGUUUUGGCCCCCGAGAAAAGAUCCCAACAGCUGAUGAUCUACAAGACAAGUUCCCUUAUAUUGAUCAGGUGAUUAAAGAAGCCAUGAGGUUUUAUACUGUGUCUCCUUUAGUUGCUAGAGAGACAUCAGCACAAGUCGAAAUUGGUGGCUACAUCAUCCCAAAGGGGACAUGGGUGUGGUUGGCUCUUGGAGUAUUAGCAAAAGAUCCGAAGAAUUUCCCAGAGCCCGAAAAGUUCAAACCAGAAAGAUUUGAUCUCAACUGUGAAGAAGAGAAGCAAAGGCAUCCAUAUGCACACAUCCCCUUUGGAAUAGGACCCCGGGCAUGCAUCGGCAGUAAAUUUUCUUUACAAGAAAUCAAACUCUCCAUUAUUCAUUUGUAUCGAAAUUAUGUAUUCUGUCACUCACCCAACAUGGAAAAACCUCUGGGACUGGACUAUGGCAUAGUUCUCAAUUUCAAGCAUGGGGUUAAGGUUAGAGCUAUCAAACGUACAUCAAAAUCCUGAAUUCUGGGCCAAGGAUGUUUUGUAUGUUAGUGUCACCCGUCUUGUGUGCUGAAACUACAGAAUAACUCAGAAUUCAAGUGUGUCUGAAAACAGAUAUAAUAUCCUUUGUCUUGCCUGUGUUCA